UUUUAGUAUUAUAAUAGGCUUCCGAUUGGAAAAUUGUCUUCGUGGGCACUUUUAACAGUCUCGCCGUCGGUUAACUUGUUCCGGCUCUCGUGCUAAGGAUUCCCCGUUCUUCUAAGGAUUCCCCGUUCUUCAAAACGGAUCUCGUGCUCGCUCUCUCCUUUCUUCCUCUCCCUCUCUGUCCGUCGUCCCCUAGCUCGCUCCUGCUCUGUCCUCGACGAGCUCGCGACUGCUCCGUGCUCCCGGCCCUCGACGGCGCUCAUCUCCUCGACGGCGCUCCUCUCCAAGGUAUCCUCUCGAGUGCCCAUACUUUUUAUCUUCUGUGGCGCCCCAUACUGCUCCCUGGCGGCUGGCUCUGUCCUCGCCGGCGUUACUGACUGCUCCCGGCAGUCCCCGCGGUCCCGACUGCUCCCGGCAGUCCCCUCGCUCCCGGCGCUCCCCACUGCUCCCGGCAGUCCCAAUGCAACCUCCGGCAGUCCCCUCGCCGGACCUCGCAGUCCAAGCAGCCGGCGAAUUAUCCUCGUCGUUGCCUCCAGGCGAGGUCGUUGGCAGCGACACAGGGGUGGCCCUCAAUCCGUCGCCGUUGGUCGAUGCUGCUCUGACGAUCGACGACGUUGAUAACUCUUGGUUGGAGGCACCACCAGCUUGUCCUGAAGAUCGGGUUCCUUCUACAGUUACGCAAGGCCAUCGGGGAUUUACCUAACCUAGCAUUGUGUUCUGAUGCUUGCAAAGGGCUAACAAAUGCAAUGAAGGAUGUUUUUCCAGAAGCUGAGAAAAGAGAGUGUUUCCGGCACCUAAUGAACAAUUAUGUCAAGCAAUAUGCUGGAUCCGAAUACAUGUACCCUGCUGCCAGGGCGUACAAGGCAGAAGUAUAUGACAUGUACAUUGCAAAUGUCAGAAGCAAUCCUGAUAUUGCUGCUUGGUUAGAUAGGUUCCAUUCCUUGUUGUGGUACCGAAGUGCAUUCAACCCUACUAUCAAAUGCGACUAUGUAACAAAUAACAUUGCUGAGGUGUUCAAUAACUGGAUAAAGGACUACAAGGACCUCCCUGUUUGUGACCUGGCUGACAAAAUUAGGAUAAUGAUCAUGCAACUAUUUUACAAGAGGAGGCGGAUAGGAAGGAGGUUGGAGGGAAAGAUUUUACCUUCUAUCAUAGCACAACUGAAUGCAAGAACUAGAGGACUUGGACACUUGGAGGUCAUAAAAGGCGAUGACUAUGUUGCAGAGGUGAGAGACAAUGGUGAUUGUUUUUCUAGAUAUGUGGUGAAGGCUCAUCUUAGAGAAUGUUCAUGUAAGGAAUGGCAACAUACAGGGAAGCCCUGCCACCAUGCAUUAUGUCUAAUUACCGCACAGCAAUAUAGAAAUGUAAUGAUGGAGGAGUUUGUCGACGAUUACUACUCAGUUGACAUGUUUAGGAAAGCUUAUGACAGAUUGGUGGAGCCAAUUGAAAGCAAAUUAUUUUGGCCGAAGGUGGAUUUUGCAAAGGAGGUUGGUGCUCCACUAGGCAAGAGAGGCGUGGGACGUCAAAGGAAAACUAGGUUCAAGAGUUGUCUAGAAGGUGGGAGUAGUAAAAAAAAGCCUGCAAACGAAAGUGAGAAAGCUAAGAAGAUUAUUCGAGGCAAAUUCAAGUGCCCUAAUUGUGGGGAGUUAGGGCAUAGGAAGACUAGCUACAAAUGCCCCCUAAAUGGAACGAAGAAAAGGAAAAGGAAACCAAGAAAGAACUCAACAAAGAAAUGGUUUCCUAAGGAGCCAGCUGAAGCUUCUUCGUCACAGCCUGAAGUAGGGGAUUCUGGUCGACACCAAAUUGUCUGCAUUGAUGUUCCACAAGAAACAGUUGGUACUACCCCACAGAAGAGAGUGAGGCGUGCUGUCAAAAAACUGACUCCAAAGAAGAAGAUGAACGCUGGCUAGAAAAUUAGGACAAUGUCAUGUCUUAAACUAGUUUCCAGGCUUGUUUGUGAUGAUGUAAUGUAUUGAAGUACUUUCUUCAGUUUUCAGAUGAUGUAAUGUAUUGAAGCACUUUCUCUA